AUGAGGUCGAAAUCCCAUUCCACGCUGCCGCGGGCAAAAUACACAGCUACCACGGCUGCCACAACUGUGACUUCGGGAUUGCCGCCAAAGAAAGUAGCGGAGUUGGUUCGACAGCUGGCGGAGUCUCGGUAUGAGGCGCAACAACUCCGCCAGCAGAUUCAGUCGUUGCAUCAAGAGAAUGACUCAUUUAGAGCUUCUAUUUUGCAUAGAUAUAUUGAUGGAAGUAUCGCAGAUGUCUCACUUCCCCAAAAGAAAUUAAGCCAACAACGAGAACCAAGAAAUCAACACCAGCAGCAACAUGAAGGCGAAAGGCCGUGUGCGUUAAAUGGAAAAGUAACUACUGCGAGAAAUGGGGGUACUGUGGAGCAUUCAGGUUUUAUGGAUCAGAAGAUUACUUCCCCACAGAAGGCGCAAACGUCACUCCUACCGGAGUCAAUUGGGAUGCUAUUGACGCCACCGUCCUCUUUUUUGAAAGCGGCUGACGAACCGUCUGUAAAGGGCGUGGAAAAUUUAGAGAACCGCCAUUCCUCUCUUGGGGAUUCUUAUUGGAGGAAGAAGUACGCCAAGCUGAAAAGGACUCACGAAAAGGCGCUUAGGGAGCGUGAUUUACAGCUAGCGGAGGUACAACAUCUUGUCUAUCAGAUUCACGAGGAGCAUGAUGAGCUGCGACAUCGCCAUGAGCGAGAUUCUCUGCAACGACAACUGGAGAUUGAGUCAAGGAGUCGGAUGUCACUAGAGGAAAAGACGAAGUCCCUUGAAGAAGAGGUAUUAGUGUGGCGACAGCGUUUUUUGCGUUUUGUAGGAGAGCCGGCACACAUGCCGAAUCAUGUAGUGGCAUCAGAAGUGGCGCCAACACUCGGCGAUACUUGUGAUGGCGGAAAUUUCUCAUCUCCUCCGGAUGGCUUGAACCAGACAGAUCGCUCCUUCGUGUGUCCAGAGAGUGCACUUGCUUCCAUGAUAGACGCUGAUGCCUUUCCACAGGGUGCAAAUGCCUUAAAUAGCACUCGUUAUGGCAACGCUCUGGAGAGAAAGAAGAAUGAUGUGGAGCAUUCUUAUUUGCAGCAUUGGCGAAAAAAGAAGAGAGAAGAUGUAAAUACGUUUGACUCUCAUGGAAUUCAGAAUACUUUUCUGCGGCCUUUUGCUAGAAUGAGCAGGCACUCCGUUGCUGUCCAGGUGGGACCAUCCACAGCAGCUGCAGCCUCUCAGACAGAGAAAUGUAGUCAAAAGUCCGUAGGGACGUUAGUGGAUUUUGGCAUUCAAAACAACAACGCAAAUCCGGGUCUGUUGCACUUUACGGGGGAAACAAAACUGACGCCGGAUGCAAGAAAGAAAGUUUUGGCCACUUUUGAUAGAAAUAUUGAAGAUCUGCCAAAAUCUCAUUUUCAAGAAAAGUCAACGGGCUCGGUUUCAUUCUUUACACCGGGGCCUUUUAAUCAGAAGAGUCUGCAGGACCACGUGUAUUACAUGGUGAAUCAGGUGCACGGGAGAGGCAGCCAUCAUCGAACAUCUUCUGUGCCUUCAUGCAGGCAGCCGGAGGAAUUACAUCCACCUUCUGCCUCUUUUGGUUUUCCUAUGGCUUCCCCUUCUGCUUCUAUGGCGGGACGUGGAAUUUCUAUUGACGGUAAUCAGGCAAAACGAGAUCGUCUUGAGGAAGAUAUUCGUAAACACGAUCAACUUUUAGAAGCCGUAGCGAAACUGCAGCGACGAGCGCAGCGUUUUGCCAAGACACCGUCCAUUUAA